UUCCAGCUAUCGCCGAUCUUCGCGUGGGGCGAUCUUCCUAUAUAUAUAUAUAUGUAGAGAUGUACAUAUAUGAGCUGCUGAUAACGCAGACGAUCAGUUGGGUGUGUGUUUUUCUUGUUUAAAAGAAAGUCCGGGUGUUUAGCAUGGCCAGCAACUCUAAUUCCCAAGUCCAGACGCCAUCUUUGAUCAGCAGCGACAUGGUCAACAAACUCCCAGGAAGCCAGGCCCAGUUGUCGGCCCAAAGCAAGAGCAACGGAAUCGAAGCCCCGCAGUUGAUGAUCGUUUUCGAUGCCGGCGAUCUGAACUCCGCCCGCCAACAGUUGCUGCCGUCCCUGCAGGACCCCUUCGGCGCGGGCGCCGUUGCCACGGUCCUGCUGCAGGAGAGCAUCGCCGAGCAGUUUGUGGGUCUAGUGGCCCAAGAUCUGCGGCCCCUGAGCGAGGCGGUGGCCCAGAAUCCGAGCCGAGUGAAAUCCGUGGCCCAGAUCAACAAACUCAAACUGAAAGUGGUCAAAGGUGAGCACCUGAAACCGGAGGAAUCUCCACUGCUGGUGUACGACACCGUGCACAGCUAUCUGGGCGAUGGAGGGGCCACGGGAGUGAUAACCCUGCACGUCUUCCGCACCGCCAAGGAGGCCGGAGAGCUGGCCAAACGCGAUGCCCUGCCCUAUGGCCAGGUCAGCAUAUGGAACGAGAAGCUAGCCUGUGCCUAUGAGCUGGUGUCCCGCCUCCCCACGGACAUAUUCGCCCUCAACUGCUUUAGCCCGGACCUGAGCCCUAUCAGGGAGGCCUUCACUGCCAACAGGAACGACGUGUCCCUGGAGAAGAACUACCACUACGAAAGCCUUGUGGUUGGCAGUAAACGGAGGAUUAUCGUCUUUCCCGUUGGCACUAUCUUUGCGAACUAGGUGCCAGGUGCUUGAUACGCCACACUUUCUAUACCUCUCUUAAGCAUUUUAAUGUGUGAAUUUGUUUCGUACGUGGGGAAUAUAUAUUCUACAAACCUUUUUAA